UAAAAAACUUGGCCACUUUGAUUCUAUCACUCUCGACUCUGAAGACGCAAGAAACGGUGCUGUUCUUGUGAUUUUGUUCGUGCUGUUAUCAUUUCGGUGACAGCCAAUUGAUCAUAGAUCAUAGAAAACAGCAAAAAAAUCAGGCAACAGUCAGAUCAGAACAAGAGGGUUCGUUGUUUUAUAUGGCUUCUAACAGCAAGGCAAUACAGAUGAAGUCCACAACAGGUGAUUCUAACAGUCCACAAACGGAAAAUAAAACGAAGAAGAUGCGGCACAGAUGUGAGACGUGCAAGAAGUGGUUCAGCAAACUUGCAGAGCUGACCAGGCACAUACGGACUCACACGGGCGAGAAACCUUAUGGAUGUGAGGAUUGCGGCAAAAAAUUCCGAAGGCUCAGCCACCUGAAGGUACAUAUGCGGACUCACACUGGUGAGAAACCGUACAGAUGUGAGGAUUGUGGCAAGGGAUUUAGUUUUCAGUCGAGUUUUAAGGCACACGCACGGACUCACACCGGUGAGAAACCUUACAGAUGUGAACUGUGUAACGGGCAGUACAAUCGAUUGGGUGAUCUAAAGGCUCACAUGAGGACUCAUACUGGUGAGAAACCGUUCCAGUGCAAGGAGUGUGGCAGGCAGUUCAAUCAACGACAUAGCCUAAAGGAACACCUACAGACUCACACCGGCGAGAAACCUUACAGAUGUGAGGAGUGUGGCAAACAGUUCAGUGUGUUAGGUCAGCUGAAGACUCACAUGCGGACGCACACUGGUGAGAAACCGUACAGAUGUGAGGAGUGCGGCAAACAGUUUUGUCGGCUGGGUACUCUUAAAGAGCACAUGAAGACACACACUGGUGAGAAACCCCAUACAUGUGAGCAGUGUGGCAAGCGGUUUAGUCAGCUUAACAGCAUGAAGCAACACAUAAGGACUCACACCGGUGAAAAACCUUACAGGUGUGAGAUCUGUGGCAACCACUUUAGUCAGCUUGGCAAUCUGGCAAGUCACAUGCGAAUUCACACUGGUGAGAAACCGUACAAAUGUGAUCGAUGCGGCAAGGGUUUUAACCAGUCAUCCAAUAUGAAGAGACAUGUCUGUGUGUAGACUAACAGUGAACCGCCAAUUCUGUCGAUGUGACCAGAAGUGUAAAUUUUCGAUUACUACCGUUUUGAGUCUUUAUAUAUAAAGACUGGGGACGGUUAACCCAUCCGAGACGUUUCCAUCCGAUCCCCCUUUCAGCGUUUGAAGUGAGCCUAAAGUGAGCAGAAAAUGUUAACGUGUGUUUCAGUUCUCUUUUAAAUACAGAACAGUAGAAAAUUGCUCAUUUUUUUGUGAUAGACAAGGUACUAUUUAGUAGCACAUAUACGCCGAAAAAUGUGUCGUGAUUUAAAUAGUCUUGCUGUAGACACUAGCGGUAGAAAUGAUCUUUUUAGAGUUGCUGUAAAGAUAUACGUUUUGUACUUUCGUUGCCCUAUGUUCUGAUUGGUUGACUAGUAUCAGUUAGUAAGACGUCGUUUAUAAUGUCUCUGUAUAUAUCACUUUGUUUAAACAGUAAGGUGGUACUUUCUAUUGCUAACUAAUCUAAGUAUCAAUGCUAACUUAGAAUAAGCCAUAUUAAAUAAUACAUGUAGUCUGGUAAUUAGCAUUAACUGUAGGUAAUAGAGCUGGAUGGUAAAGUAGAGACCUGUUUUGAUUGUGAAUUUAUCAAUAUUGUAAGUUGAAAUUCUGAUCAGUUCGGUUGUAUCAGUCUAUCGACACAUAUUUAAUUAGAUCUUGAAGUUUUUGCAUGUCGCAUGAGUUCAGUACAUGUAUCCUGAUGAUUUACAGUAGCUGUAGAUAAUACAGGUAGAUUUUACAGUAUAGAGAUGCCCCGGUAUUAUGAAAGUAUUGAUUCUGUCUGUUUCUGUUCAGUGGGUUGCAUUAGUCGAGUAACACAUAUGAAUUAGUUCUUAAAGUUAUUGCAUUCUGCACUUUUACUAAGUUUUUACAAGCCUGGAUUUAGUACAAACAAGUGAAACUAAAGCAGCUGUGCGCAUUGUGCUAUUAGUUUUAGAUCAACAUUGCAUUUUGCUAAACUUCAUGCUCUUUUUUUGCAUUUAUUAGCCUUAACUUGUCCACGAGUAGUAUUUUGUUGUAUCAGAAGAACCCUUAAAGAUUUGUGGUGAAUUAAAAUUUACUAAUUAAAAAAAA